AUGUCCCAGCCCGAGCUCGUUCUGACCGCAGAUAUCCUUUGGGUCGUCCUUAAUGAUCUCUCUGAGCGAAUUCUACGGGUGUUUGGGUGCCCGAUCAAGCUCGUCGUCCAUGGAGGCAUUGUAAUGGUCUUGCACCCGAAGCUGAAGUGUCGAGCGUUCACUCGAGAUGUAGACUACAUCUACAGGGCUUUCGAAACUAAGAUGGUUUCUCGCGGCAUAUAUGACGCCGGUACAAAGCUUGAGGAAUGUAUAGAUUCGACCGGGAGGAAAUAUGGCUUGGGUACGCGCUGGAUGAAUGCAGACCCGGAUAUCGCGCUCCCUAUGGCUCAGACUCGCUCAGGCGAAGUCUACGAUCCGCUCUACACCUCGGCGAUGUCUGCGUCAAACCUCUCACGCAAUAUCAUAUUCUCUUCUCCAGGACUGACUCUGAUCGCAGUCUCGUGGCCAUGGGCCGUUGCUUUGAAGCUUGUGCGAUACCAGAAGGACGACCCGAAUGACAUCGCGGCCAUUCUCCGCUUGGGACGGCGGGAGAAUGGAACGCUUUGGACGCGAGCGACGCUAGAGGCGUGGCUCCACCUAAAGUGCUGGCCAAUGAGCUACCACGCAUAUCUGCCAUGGCAGGUGGAUCUGGCACGAGACCGCAUGAGACACGCUAUCCAGCUUGCGCGUGCUUACGGAUGGUAA